AUGGGCGACCGUCAGAUGCUCCUCGACAUGGGCUUUGCGCCCGAGCGCGUCGACUGGGCCCUCUACGCCACCGGCAGCAAGGGCCUCCAGUCCGCCCUCGACCAUCUCGAGGCAAAUCAGGACAAGCCCAUGCCCAAGGACUACAAGUCCCAGCCCCAGCAGCAGGCUACCAACUCUUCGGCCGCCGACGACGACGAGUACGACGCCGAGGACCAGGCGGCCCUCGCCGACAUGAUCGCCAAAAAGGGCCAGCAGGCCGGCGACAACAUGGUCAACGACGUCGGAGAGGCCAAAUCCAUCAAGUGCACAGAGUGCGGAAAGAUUCUCAAGUCGGCCGCCUUUGCCUCCUACCACGCCGAAAAGUCGGGCCACACGUCGUUCGAGGAGAGCACGGAAGAGAUCAAGCCGCUGACUGAAGAGGAGAAGAAGGCUCGACUCGAGGAGCUCAAGGCCAAGCUCGCCGCAAAGAGGGCCACCCAGAGCAAGGUCGAUGCCGAAGAGGCAAAGGCCAACGAAAAGAUCCGCCGCAAGGCCGGCCAGGACAUGGGCGAGAUCCGCGAGGAGAUGAAGCGCAAAGAGCAAAUUAAGGAGGCCGAGAGGAAGCGAAAGGAGAAGGCCGAAGAGGCCGCCUUCAAGGCCAAGGUCAAGGCGCAGAUCGAGGCCGACAAGCGCGAGCGGGCCGCCAAGGCUGCGGCCGACAAGGCUAUGCGCGAGGGCAAGACGCCGGCCACGGUGGCCGCCACCCCUGCUACGGGUCCGAGCGCCGCUGCGCUGGCCGCCAGCGCUGGCCCGCAGGCAUCGACCAGCACGUCGAACGAGGCGCGGCUGCGAGUGCGAGCGCCCGGCGGCAUGUGGAUGGGCACGAUGAGCGCCGACGCCACGCUGCAGGAGGUCGAGGACAAGGUGCGGGCCGACGGCAAGGCUGGCGCGGCGACCAAGCUCAAGUUCUCGACGACGUUCCCGCGCAAGUUUUUCGAGGCGUCGGACGGCGCCAAGACGCUGCGAGAGCUGGGCCUGGUGCCCAACGCGGCGCUCGAGGCCUCGGCCGCCUAG